GCAUAUUGGACGAAGCAUUCGCUUAGUGUAAACGCAGCAGCUUUUUGGUUAAUACUGUAGUGCAUUCAAGUUAACAGGCUUGCGCGGGCAGUGGGCUGACGGGCUAAGAUCACCAAAGUUGGAGAGCGAGGAGGAAAUUCGGAACACACAACGGCUUAUGACAGGCGGCAUGAGGUGUUCUGCACUCACGACUAUCCUCCUGGCGCUGGUGAUGUCUUCCUUGCCGAGGCACACUGUUGCCCAAGAGGUUUUGCGUGAGUGCUACCAAUGGACGUGGGUGAAGGACUCGAACAACACCGACUGUGAAGCUAAUCGUGAUAACGGAUAUCCUUGCUUCGAACCUUUCAUCCGAACAGUGCCGCCAGAAAGUCCGCCCAACGUGACCGACCUGAACGAGGUCUGCAGCGCCAAAGCCUGCGCCACGUACACGUGCAAGAAGAAUCUACAGUGUCUCAGAUACGUGCGCUACGACGUACUGAACAAACCGCUGUACAUGUCACUCUUCUGCGGCACCCUGGUGGACGUGACGAAAGCUGACACGGGAGCUGAUACCAAGUACGACGACUGCUACCUGAGCAAGAACGGCACCGUCACCACGGAGGCGUGCGUGUGUCAAUUUGAUUUGUGCAACUCCUCCACGACUCUGUCGCGACCCUCACACAUACAGGCGGUCGCCCUCGCUCUGCUGUUCCUGCUAGGAGGCGUGCGUGUGUCGCGGUACUAAGUGCAACUCCUCCACGACUCUGUCGCGACCCUCACACCUGCAGGCGGCCGCCACCGCUCUGCUGUUCCUACUAGAAGGCGUGCGUGUGUCGCGGUACUAAGUGCAACUCCUCCACGACUCUGUCGCGACUCUCACACAUACAGGCGGCCGCCCUCGCUCUGCUGUUCUUGCUAGGAGGCGUGCGUGUGUCAUGGUGAUAAAUGCAACUCCUCCACGACUCUGUCCCGACCUUCACACAUGCAGGCGGUUGCCUUCGCUAUGCUGGUCCUUCUAGGCUGCGUGAUUCAGUCGACAGCCGUAUCCUCUUAAUGUUAAAUGCCGUUACUCUAGAUUACUGUGAUCAUUCAAUGAAUAUUUUGAUUUCAAUAAUAAUGACAGUUUUUCAAGUGGGAAUUUUUUUUAAACAUCUCUGUUAUUGCCUUUAAACCUUAAUGUGAAUGGCUUGGUAUCUAUGCAUAACUGUUUAAGCGAUUCCCAUGCUUUUGAGACAAGCCAAGCUUUCUCAACGCUGAAAAUGUAAGCUUCGCAGUUCUAUAAGGUAUGAAUUUCUUAAUCGUACCGCAUUAUAUUUGUGAAUAAUAAGUGAAGCCGGAUCCACUAGUUCGUGAUCUAUUCAAAUGUUUAUGUGUAGAUAAACAAAGAACUGUGAUACAACAAACUCUGCUCAACACUAAAGCUUCAAUUACAGUUAUCUAAGUUCAAUUUUGUUUGCUAUUUUUACCAAAUUAAUUUUUCAAUUUCUAUCCUUUAAUUAUUUGUUCGUACCCAGUCUAAAUUUUCUUGGUUCGUAGUUUAGCGUGGUUUCUUGCAGUUGAAUGUAAAUCUGAUCCUGCAAUUGAACUAUAAACUAUCGCUGUAAUAAAUGCCAAAACAUAUAUAUUUCCCAGCGUUAACGUACAGCAUUGAAGAUCCGUUUUAUUGCUGUUAAGCUACCGUAUUUUAGAAUGGAAAAUGUUUCAAUUAAACCCAGUCGAAUUUUUGCAUAUAAAAAUGCACUUC